AUGGAUGAUAUAUCAAAAUCAGAAACUCCAUUCCCACAUAGGGAAGGAAACUUGUAUAACAUACACUACUUAGUCCACUGGUGUGAUGGAGACAUUGUGGGAACAAUAGAGAAGCACAUUGAUUGGAUAAGAAAGGUGUAUGAGAAAAUGACUCCAUAUGUAUCUAGCAAUCCAAGGGGUGCUUAUCUGAAUUACGGGGAUCUGGAUUUGGGAAGCAAUGGUGAUGACAAAAGGACAGCGUAUUCUGAAGCUGAAAGAUGGGGUCUCAAGUAUUUCAAGAACAAUUUCAAGAGAUUAGCAAUUAUGAAAGGUGAGGUUAACCCAAACAAUUUCUUUGCAUUUGAACAGAGCAUCCCUCCUUUGAUUUUGGAUGAAGGGAAGAGAGAAACAGAUUGA